AUGAGUGAAAAAGACCGCAGGUCAUUAAUGACAAACAUUGAGAACAUAAGACAUGAAACUAAAGGGACCUUCCUUACCUUCACUGAGAAGUCCAUGAGACAAAAGUCUAAACACAUGAAACCAGCGUUAAACCUGGUCCUGUGUGGGAGGCUAGAAGCAGAGAAGACUUUAGCAGCAGAGGCCAUUUUAGGUCAGAGAGGUCUUGAUUCAGUCUCGAGCUCAUCAGAGUGUGUGAAACAUCAGGAGGAUGUGUGUGGACGUUGUGUGUCUCUGGUGGAGCUUCCUGCCCUUUAUGAUAAACCUCUAGACAUGGUAAUGGAGGAAUCACUUAGGUGUGUCUCCCUCUGUGAUCCAAAGGGUGUUCAUGCCUUUAUCCUGGUCCUACCUGUGGGUCAACUCACUGAUGAAGACAAGAAAGAGUUAGAGACCAUCCAGGACACCUUCAGCUCUUCGGUCAAUGACUUUAUCCUGAAUCUCUUCAUCGUCCGUUCAAAUAAUACAGCUGCAGCUGUUGAAAACUAUGUCAUAAAGACCAAGGACAUCCAGGAGCUCCUUCAGAGCACUGGGGGAAGAUCUUUUGUUCUCAACAUCGAGGACAGAAAGCAGAUCCCAGAACUGUUGAACAUUUUAGAAGGAAAAAGAGGUGGAUUUAAAAAAAACCUACUUAGCUAUACAACACAAACAUUUGCACACGCCCAAAUGGAUAUGGUCAACACACUACAGGCUGAGCUAAAGGACCUGCAAUCAAAAACUACAACCGGGUGUAGGUAUUCAAAGUUUUAUUGAAAAAAACACUUUCACCUAGUAAUAAUUCAAGAGGUUUUCUAAGCCGGCCAUUCAAGACUGAGCACAGGCAGAGUAAAACAUUUUAUCAAUUAAUCAAGUCAAAUAUGUGAUAAGUGAUAACUGAUAUGUUUGUUGAUUAUAUAAUACCAAAGUCUAUCACAGCUCACCUGCCAACCUUUCUUUAACUCUUGGCCCUCCUUAUUCCACAGGUGAUGGAGAGCAGAGCCCAGAGAGUCUCAGGAUUGUGCUGAUAGGCAAGACUGGCUGUGGAAAGAGCUCUUCAGGAAACACCAUAGUAGGUGAUGAGAAGUUUAAGGCUGAAUUAAGCCAAAAUUCAGUCACCAAAUGCUGUAAGAAAGUACAUGUCGAAGUGGACGGUCGCUCUGUUGCUGUGGUCGACACUCCUGGUCUGUUUGAUGACAGCUUGUCCCAUGAAGAGGUUCAAGAAGAGAUGUUAAAAUGCAUCAGUCUUCUGGCUCCAGGACCACAUGCCUUUCUGUUGGUGUUACAGAUAGGCAGAUUUACACCUGAGGAGAAGCAGGCGAUACAACUGAUCAAGAAAGGCUUUGGAAAGGAAGCUGAAAAAUUCAUCAUCAUCCUUCUAACUAGAGGAGAUUCACUAAAACGUGUAAAAAUGUCAGUUGAGGAAUUCAUUGAUAAGAAAUGCAAUGAUUCCUUUAAGAAACUGAUCGCUGACUGUGGAGGAAGAUACCACGUGUUCAAUAACCUUGAGGAACAAAACAGAGAGCAGGUCAGUGAGCUGAUAGCAAAGAUUGACACAAUGGUGAAGACAAACGGAGGCAGCUGCUACACCAAUGAGAUGCUGCAAAGGGCUGGAACUGCUAUAGGAAAAGAAACAGAGAGGAUCCUUCAAGAGAAGGAAGAAGAGAUGGAGAAAGAGAGGAAGGAACUCCAAAGAAAACAUGAAGAGGAAAUUGAGGCACUGAAAAAAAGAAUGGAGGAACACAAAGCAGAAACUGAGAAGCAAAGACAGAUGAGAGAAAAAGUUCUAAUGGAAAAGGAGGAAAACAUCUCCAAAGAAAAAGCAGAGAGAAGGAGAGAUGGGAAAAUGAGGCAAGAAGAAGAAAAGAGAAGGAAACAACUGGAAGAACUCCAAAGAAAGGAGUGGGAACAGAAACAGGCAGAUAUGGAGGAAAGGAUAAAAGCAGAAACACAGGAAAAGGAAACAAUAGACAGAGAGCUAGAGGAAGCCAGACAAGAAAUGAAAAGACAAAGAGAAAACUGGGAGAAAAGGCUUCAUCAGUGGUGGGAGGACCGGUAUCAAGAGAAUGAACAGAUAAGACAGGAAGAACAAACCAAACUGAAUAAUCUCCAAGAGGAUUACAGGAAGGAAAAAGAAAAUAAUGAAAAGAAAAGACAAGAAGAGGACCUGCUCAGAAAGCAACAAGAGGAAAAAGAGAAGAAAGCCAUAAAGGAGAAUUUUAAGACACAAAUGGAGAAUCUUCAGAAAACACACAAAGAGGAAGCCAGAAAGAAAGCUGAAGAGUUCAAUGACUUCAAAGAGAAAUACAAAAGGGAAUUAGCAGAGAAUGAGGAAAAAAUGUUGGACAAAGACAAGAAAUAUGACUUUUUAAAGGCACUUUCAGAACAACAAGAGAAGAAACAUCGAGCUGAGCUCUAUGACACCGUAAAGCGUAUUACCAAAAAGAGAGCAAAUGUGCAAAAGGUCACCACCCUACUUAAAAAACACCAAAAACAAAUGGACAAAGAGGAAAUGGAGGAAGGGAGGGAGGAUCUGCAAAAAGCCCAUGAGAUAGAGAUUACUGACUUGUUGCGGGAAUUUGGAGAAGAAGCAAACCCACACUGGUGUAAGAUCUUCUAA